AUGAAGCGUACAUUCGCCGACAUCUCAAGUGCCGAUACGACCAGCGACGCCGAGCACCAAGAAUCGGACGAGGACGAAGAUGGGGCGAUCCAACCCUACGAUGCUGUGCUCCAGGAAAGGCUGCCCGAGUCACCCGUCUAUUCUACUACAUUCCGAGAGCUGAAGAACCACAUAAAAAACUUCGUUGACCUUCUGCUACGGCCCAUUCAGGAGACAGAGUACAGGAACGCAGUCAUCGGCGGUCUGAAGGAAAAGGUCGAGAAGCGUAGCAAAGGUGGAUCUCCCGAGAAUGUCUGCAUUGCGUUGAUCGGGCAGAUGGCAGCGGGCAAAAGCUCGGUCAUCAACUCUCUCUUAAGUAUUGGCAUUAUUGCCCGCCAGGGCGAUGGUAGCAAAAGUUGCACUUGGGUGACUCAAGAGUUCUGCUACAAAUUCCCCACUCAGACAAUGUCGCAUGCAGCCCAGGUCCACUUCUUCAAUCAAGCAGAGCGCCACGGCAUUAUCAAGGCCCUCCUCGCUGACUACCACAAUGCAUCUACAACCGACCAAGAUGCCAGAGGCGAAGCUAUUGACACUGAGCAAAAGUCGGCAGACUUCGCCACCAUGAAGACGACCGUGGACGCCUUCUGUGCAUUGUUCGCGGAACAUCGAGCCUUUGGUACUACCGAGGAAGCACGCAAGACUCUGGGCACAGCUACUGGACCUGACGACAAGGCUUUACUAAGCAGGCUCUACAUGUGGGCCGAUACACUCGUGCACAACGCACUCAAGGGUCGUGCCAGCGUCUUCGAGGAGGCAUCGACGCCUCAAUCUCUCCUGUUCCAGCUCGGCAAGUUCUGCUAUACUGUAGGCAAAUCUGAUGGCGCACCACAAGCAAGUCUCUGGCCAUUCAUCAGCCACAUCAAAUUCGGCUUGGACAAUAGGCUCCUGCAGCACGGCAUCAGUCUCCUAGACGUGCCUGGUCUGUCGGACACGAACCGGAUCCGAGUUUCGAAUGCGAUGAGGCAUCUGCAACGGUGCACGCAUGGCAUGGUCGUUGCUGAGGUCUCCCGAUCGGAGGACGAGGGUUUCAUACGGACCAGCUUUGUCAAAGGCUUCCAUGAGAGAGGCUCUGGACGCACCAUGGGCAUCUUCACUUACGCCGAUGAGAUUGAUGAGAAUACGGAGGUGGACCUAACGGCACGGGAACAGGAGCACAUAGCCAGGAUCGAAGACAACAUGCUCGAGAUCGACGAGGAAAAGAUCAAAGUCAGUCGCCUGGUCAAGGCUUCAAAGAAAGCUCAGAAGUGGCAGUAUAUGGCUCAGAAGGCGGAGCUGGAAGGAUCCUAUCGCCGCGCUGAAGCAGAGACGCUGGAGAUCCGCAGUAAGGCUCGCAGUCGCGGCGUGAUACAAGCACUACAGACCUACUACGGUGAGCUGACGCCCGAUCCACUCCCACUCCCUGCAUGGUGCGUUGGCAACAAAGCAUACAAGAAGCACCAAGUUGGCUACAAGACGACCGAUGCACACCUUCCGACCCUAUCUGUCGAGGCGACGAACACCCCGGCGGUUCGCAAACAUUUAUACCUCAUCCCGGCCGAAGGUCUCAUCAACGAGACCAAGAAUCUCGUCAAAGUGCAGAUCCCGAUCCUGCUAAGCUGCUUCCAACUCUUCGUCAACAAGACACAUAUGGCGCGCCGGGACGAGAUCGAAGCCAUCGUCCUCAAGCCCCAGACAGAGGUAAUCGAAGCCGUUGAUGAGCUGUUCAAGGCGAUCUGGAAAGACGUGAAGAGGCACGUUCUCAUGCCGUACAAAGAUGAGGAGUACAAGUGGACCCGCGAUGCCAAGGCCAUCGUAGACGGGUGGGCGAUCGCCUACGAUACUGGGACCCAUCUGGCCAUGCUGAAGAACAAAGGUCGACGGAAGGGCAAGGGCAAGAAUGCGAUGGGGAUAUCGUGGUGCUACGAGCUGUUGGAGAUCAACCAGGCCGAGGUGGAAAUCUUUCACCGCGACCUCUCGGACGCCUUUCGAGAGUACCCAAAACAGAUGGUCAGCACGUUCGAGGGGUUGGUGCAGGAGAUGGCCAACGAGAUCCAUGGCGAUCUGCAUCUGCGUCUCCUGGCUCUGAAGCCAUUCCUCGACUACAUCCUAAACGAAAAGCAGCAUAUCGAGAGGCUCGUCGACGACAUCGUCCGCUCACUCCGACGCGGCUUUGGAGGCAAAGUCGGCACACCGCGCGAAAGGCUGGAGAAGUUCGAGGAGGCCAUCACGCAAAUGGGUGAUGGUGUCUGGCACAAAGCUACCAUGGGCUUGUCAAACCAAUUCAAGCGUGUGCUGCGCGAACACACGAUACAGCUCAAGAGCACUAUGAUGGCGUACUUUGCCAACAUCCACAAGAACUUCAAUAUGCUUUGUGCUGACCCGAAUGUCAAGGACGAGGCGGAGGAUGAGCUACGUGAGAAGCUGAAGAAGAGUGUUAUCACGGCUGAGGAGUUGCUGGAGAGGGAGAUCAAGCCGCGUAUGGAGGUUUGUUUGGGGAAGUCGGAGCAAGGGUUGUUCGUGGAGCAGGAGUAG